GGGGCGGUGCACGGGAGCUGUGGGCGGUGCAAGCGGUGUCCGGGCGGCUCGCGGUGCACGGCGGGCCAUGGCGGGGUUGGAGGCGCAGUUCGCUCUGUGCCGCGGCGCCGUGCGCUGCCCGCAGGAUGCGCUGCUCUGCGCGCUGCACUGGGAGCUCAUCCGGCACGGGUACCGCUGCCUGGGGGCGGGCGAGCAGCCUGGUCCUGAUGAAAGGAAGUCAGAGCUGCUGCCGGCCGGCUGGGAAGCCAACAAGGAGGUGUAUACGCUGCGCUACAAGUCGGUGGACGAUACCCGUGAGCUGCUGCUCAAGGCCAUCAUGGUGGAGGACAGUAUGAUCCUCAAUGUCAUGGAUCGCGGUUCUCAGAAGGUGGCAGAUGUGACCUUGGCAGUGGCUGACUACAUCAACCCGGAGCACCUGGACGAUUUCCACAAGGUGUACAAGAACAUUGAGGAGCUGAGGACAAGGAUUGCUUCGGGCAUCAUCGCUCCCCUUGGAGCCCCUGCAGAAAAGGCCAAAAAGGAACCCGAGGCUGAGAAGAAGGAUCCUGACUCGUCCCGGGAUUACGACCCCCUCAGGAUCCCUCCCCGGCAGCCAGCGGGCACGAGAGCACCGCCCUGCCCUGUGAACCCCUUCGCUGUGGGUGGGGAAGACCUGGACCCUUUUGGAGGUCAGAGUGGGGGAAUGUUCGUGGAUCCUCUCCGGUCUGGCUACCCACAGCCAGGCAUUGACCCAUCGGCAGGCAUUCCAGGCCGGCUUCCCCGUGGAGCAGUUCCACCCGGUGCCAGAUUUGACCCGUUUGGCCCAUUAGGAGCUGGUAGAUCUGGGCCAGAUCCUGACCACCUUCCCCCUCCAGGCUAUGACGACAUGUUCAUGUGAGGCGGCGCCGUGUGGCUUCUUGGUGGGCCGUGAGCGGAGCAGUUCUCCUGGGGAGCGGGGGCACAUUCCCCUCUUUGUUUCCAGUUUGGUGGACUUUGAUCUCUUCAGCAGCGCUUCCCUUCUCCCCACUUGGGGCCACGUUCCUGUGUGCCAGACCAGCCAUAAAGGUUUCCCUGUGUGCAGAACAGAGGAGGAAGCAGUAGGUUCCUUUCUUUCCAUGCUCCUCUGAGGGUGCCUGAAGGGGUCCUGCCCCGCGCAAGGUGGCAGCAUGUCAGGAGCAGCCCAGGUGCUGUGGGGUCUCCUGCUCUGCUUCUCCCAGGUGGCAAUGCUUUUCCUGCUGGGGUUCCACAAGUGGUUGGUGCUGAGGAUGGAGCUGGGUUCUCGCUGCUCCCAUGCUGGGGAGCUGCAGCAGCCUCACAGGAGGUUACCACCAGCAUGGGUUCCCCAUGCAAAGAUGGUUUCUCUCUUGCUCUUUAACCAGGUGAGGGGCUGGUCAGAGUGAAGGGUGAGAAAGCCUGACCUGUGCUGUCAGCUUCCACAUGGCCAUUAAAGAGCAGCACCAGCAGAGCCUCUGAUGUGCAGGAGAGGAGAUAUGCAUUGAAUUCCUGGCCCCACUUUGCCCCUCUCUCCCCUGCAGCCACGUGUUUUCCAUUGCCAGGGCACAUGCAGAGCCCUGCAGGCUGCGUGGAGAGGGUGGCUCACCCAGCACCGUGCAGGGCUGGAACACGCGGCAGGGUGCUUGGUAUCCACACGCACUGCCAGGCCCAGCCGUGGCUUUCCAGGCACAGCAGAGCUGGGGGCGCUUCUGGGGGCUCGCUUGGCUGUAGGAUUUGCUUUCCAGAAGGGGUUUAUAGAAAAUGUUUCCCUACCAUCAGUCCAUUGCACGAGGCUGGCGUGGCUCUGCCUGGCUGCCCUUGGGGCGAGAUCGGCUUGGCUCAGGCUCUGGAGCUCUUUCCAGAACUCUCCCUUCCCCACAGCUCGCCAGGUCAGCUCGCUUUGGGGCUUCAGCUCGUCUGUCCUAGGGGGUCAUUCUAUGUUUUCCUCCUCAUGGUUUGAUUUGUUGGAAGGGUGUUGAGGAGGUUGAAAUAAAAACCUGACAAGAGUGUGAUGUCAGUGCUUGCUGGGGGGGCCACCCUGCCCCAGCCAGGAGAAGGGAAGCCCAAAGCUCUGCCUGCCCUUCCCAAGACGGAGGAUUCAUGUGGGGAACCCACUGUGUGCCUUUCCCUGUGCUGCAGCACUUCUCAGAGACGAUGGGACUGUGUUGAGAACAUGAAGUGGAGCCCAGCCCAGCCUUGGCUCUGCCAGCGCUCGGGCGGUAAUUGCCUCUCUGGGGGAUUGAAUGCUGCACACAGCCGCACUGGCAUAAAGAAAGAGGGGGAGGUGAUCCCCCCUGUGUCUUUUCCCCAAAGGCUUUUUCCUUUUAAAGCCCUCUUGCCUCCAAACGCAGGUAAUAAAGCCGAGUUACAGCAUGUGCAGCCCCGGGCUGCGCACAGGUGGGAGCGGGAUGACUGGGCAUAGAAAUUGGGGAAAUGCAGAGGAAGCUCCAGGUGCUCCGGUGCCCAGUGUGCAGCCCUGUGUUUGCGACAGCCAGUGUGAACCAAAUGUGCCAUCCCUGCUUCGUAUCUGUGGGGCUUUCGGUGGGCACUGCCACUUGCAGACCCAUGGGUGGGCAGUGUGACCGGAGCAGACAGCGGCUGUGGGAGGGUGAGAGAGAGACCCAAGGCUCAGCAAGGCCAUCUCUCUUUCUUGUCCCCUCCGGCCCCGGGGCAGCAUGGGGCUGGAUAUUAGGUAAUAGUAGUUCCUAUUACUGGAACCAAGCUGCCCAAGGUGGUGGUGGGAGUCCCCAUCCUUGGAGAGGUUUAAAAUCCGUGUCGAUGUGGUGCUUAGGGACAGGGUUUAGCAGUGGGGUUGGCAGUGCUGGGUUUGCAGUUGGACUCUAUGAGCUUAAAGGUCUUUUCCAACCUAAAUGAUUCAGUGAUUCUAGGAUUCUGUGCUCCACAGCUUUUCCUUGGGAUAAAGGAGCCCCUGACUUCGCUGCAUGGGGCUGAAAGACGCAGGGUGUGUGGGGAGAGGAAACAGCUUUGGCCUUAUCGGAGGGGCCCCUCUCUGCGGGAGACGUCUGCGUUCUGCACCGGAAUUAAUCAUGUUCUGCAACCUUUCAGGAGGGAGAGGCGCAGCCGGCUUUGAUGGGGCUAAUUAAAGCAAGGCAGUGCCUGGAGAGGCUGCGCGGGUCCUGAUAAACAACCUUUUGUCUGCAGCGCUCAGCACCAGUGGGUCCGUCAUGCUGUGCAGCUGGGAGAGCAGGUGGGGAAGAGAGAGGAGCUUCGAGGAGGGGCAGUGCCUGAUAUUGAGCCGUGCCUGCUGCAAGCCUGUGCUGGAGCUGUGGCUCCUGGGGCUCUGCCAUCCUUAGAGGAUGAGUAAAAGAAGGUGAGGAGCCUCCUCUCCAGGUCAGAGGACGAUGGGGGUGGGAGACCAUCCCUGCAGCUGGAUCAGCCCACACUGAAGGGUGGCUGCGGAGC